CAAAAGCUAAUUAGUUAUUCAAUUUUUCUAUACAACAAAGCAAUGGGGAGCCUUGGUCUUAGACCAAUUGACACUAUGACCAAAAUAGGCCAGAAAAACAGCACGGUAGUAGUGAUAGAACAAGAACAAGAGCAAGAGCCAGCAAGUCCAGCUACACGAUUGUUCCAUACCAAAACCCUCAAUUGCCACAUUAUUGCCAUCUUAGGUUGCACUACAAAGAUCAAUCGCGAUGUCAUCAAGAAAGGCCUCGAGUCCACUCUUAUCAAUCACCCUCGCUUCUCUAGUGUACCGGUGGUGGAUGAAAAGAAAGGUGUAAGGAAGUGGAUGAAAACGACGAUAAAUGUGGAAGAACAUAUAGUAUGUCCGAAUUUGGACCCGGACAUGGAUUCACCAGACGAAUUCCUGGAGAACUAUACGUCGAAUUUAACGACAAUACCUUUGGACUUGACAAAGCCACUUUGGGAGGUUCACAUUUUGAACUUUAAAACUUCUGAAGCAAAUGCUAUAGGGAUUUUAAAAUUGCAUCAUUCUAUUGGUGAUGGCAUGUCAAUUAUCUCUUUGAUUUUGGCGUGCACUCGAAAAGCUUCGGAUCCAGAAGCAUUGCCUACUAUACCUUCAAGUACUAAAAAGGAAAAAAAUGAUGUUGGAUUUUUUAGACGGUUUUGUUACUAUGUUUGGUUUUUGUGUAUGGUGUUUUGGUAUACGGCUGUGGAUGCUGUUUUGUUUUUGGCUACUGUUUUGUUUCUUAAGGACACGGAGACACCGAUGAAAGGAGGAGCUGGGGUUGAGCACAGUCCUAAGAGACUUGUGCACGUGACUAUCAGUCUUGAUGAUAUGAAAAUAGUAAAGAAUGCCUUGAGCAUGACGAUUAAUGAUGUAGUGAUGGGCAUGGCACAAGCUGGUUUUUCACGCUAUCUCAAUAGAAGAUAUGGUAAGAAGAAUGGAAAAGGAAGCAGCAAGACAAAUAAUCUUCCCAAGAACAUUCGUCUCAGAGGAUCUAUUGUUUUUAACAUCAGACCUUCUACUGGAAUUAAAGCUCUAGCAGAGAUGAUGGAGAAAAAAUCAAAGGCAAAAUGGGGCAAUAAAAUUGGAUAUGUGCUGACCCGGAUACCCAUUAGCUUGCCCGAUAACCCGUUGGAUUAUAUCCGACAAGCAAAAACCAUUAUCGACAGAAAAAAGCUUUCUCUUGAAUCCAGAUUCUCUUUUAGCACUGCUAAGUUAACGCAAGAUAUAUUCGGAUCCAAGGUAGCGGCAAAGGUGACAAGGAGAGUUCUAUCGAGCACCACCGUUUUAAUAUCAAACGUGGUUGGCCCUCAAGAAGAAAUCACAUUUUUUGGGCAUAAAUUAGCUUAUGUUGCUCCUACAACUUUUGGGCUACCUUAUGCUGUGACAAUACAUUUUCAGAGUUAUUGUAAUAAAAUGACAAUAUCAAUGUCUGUAGACCCAGAAGUGAUUCCAGAUCCAUACCAGCUCCUUGAUGACCUACAAGACUCCCUCCAGAUGUUUAAAGAGGUUGUCACUAAACAAGACACCAUAGGGGUAUAAGUGUACUUUCUGGAGUUGUUUGGUAUGCAAGGUGGGAUAGAUAAAAAUAUCUCAUGGGUUAAGAUAUUUUAUGUAUUUAUCUUAUUUUACUUUUUAUAUGGAAUGGUCAUUCACCAUUAAUACAAAUGGUGGAUUCAGAACUAAUUAAAAUCCAUAAUCAAAUAUGGAAUAAUGAAA